GCGAUCCACGCAACCAAACGUUGCGCACAUGGAUCGGGUCGCGGUGACCACGCCACACCCAACGGACCGAGGCAGGGUGCAUGUGCCGGAGGAACGGCUUGUGUAACAGCUGUAUCAGCACAGUGGCACCGGCAGCAGCCAGUUGCGCCAGCGGCACCGCGCCUUCUUGAAAUGCCCAGUACGCAGAGGAGGAGGCGGCGCAUGCAGCGGCCUCUCAGCGCGACAGGGGCCGGCGAAAUAGUUGAGGAGAAUCGGUCACAGUUUUGUUGAACAACGGUGUUCGCAUGCGUAUGUUUCUGCCGAAGCUGUAGCUACUUUUGGGAGGAAUGAGAGGCGUGUGUUCGGCUCUGACAAUGGGAUUGUUUUUGCACGCUAUUGGCCCUAUCACCCCCACCGAGCCCGCAGCAGAGAGGAGCCUCCUGCACUGUGAAGGUGUUAACAACCAGAGCUACAUCUGUGAGUCCGGACACUGCUGCGGCAAUUCUCAGUGCUGCAGCUACUACUAUGAGCUCUGGUGGUUUUGGUUGGUAUGGGCGAUCAUCUUCAUUUUGAGCUGCUGCUGUGUGUGUCACCAUCGCCGCACCAAACACCGGCUGCAGCAGCAGCAACGGCAGCACGAGAUCAACCUCAUCGCUUACCGCGAAGCACACAACUACCCCGCUGUGCCCUUCUACUUCAGGUUUCUGCCCAACUACCUCCUGCCUGACUACGAAGAGGUGGUCAACCGGCCGCAGACUCCUCCCCCGCCCUACAGUGCCUUACACACUGGCCCGUCCUCAGUGGCUUCUAGCCCGCUGGCUCAUGAGCAGCAGGAGGGACACUGUCCAACCAUCCAGUCCACUCCCGUGCCCCCGGUCUCUGACAUUCUGUGUUGCAGACCCAGCACAGAGGAACCACAAUCCCCCACCUUAGACUUGAGGCCAAAGCCUGACAACAAGCCCAUGCAGACAGCACAAGAGUCAGGCAUGAUACUGCUGUCAGAUGGGCUCAACAAUAGGGAGGGACUUACCAGCCAGGAGAAAAGAAGUGAUAGUGGGGACGACUCCUGCAAAGACCCACUGCUGAAGGACCUGUCAGAGGGUUCUGCUGAGGACAAAGAUCGGCUCCCCAAUGGAAGGAGGAGGCGAUUCACGGGAGACUCUGGGAUUGAGGUGUGUGUGUGCAGCACACGUGGGAGCAGCGGUUUUAGUGGAGCUGGAGGGACAGGCCAGGAAGGCAAGGAGUUGAGGGAGCUCGAGAGCCUGCUGGGGCGCGAGGGAGAGGACGAGGAGGAGGAGGAGGAGGAGGAGGAGGAGGAGGUGGAGGUGGGCGACUUCUGCGACAGCUGCGGCAAUCGAGCCUCCUUCGGUGUGGAGGAGGAGCAAGUUCUGGGCGGGCCGGAUAGGCGGGUCGCACGUGGGUCUUCAGGACCUCCCCAGCCGGCUCACCAGAUAGGCAGCGCCUCGCUCCACCCUCCAGUGUGCCUCCUCCUCCACACCAUCAACGAGCAAGAGGGGCUGCACCACAGUACCAGCACUGAGCCACAGGGCUGAAAACGACGUCAACGCGCACUCGUGUCAUAGAGGGAAGGGGAGAACACUUGAGACGGAGCAUGGAGGCCUCUGCUUUUGUAUCCGAGCAAGUGUUCUAUGUCUAAAUACUUUCUGAGUGAGUAUUUUAUGACUGUGUGCAUCUUAGAUAAAACAGGUGUUGGAGCAGGAAGUGGAAUCUCAACUCGUAUGACUGAGAUCCAAAGUUUGAGAAAAGCCCGCUCCUCCUCCACACACUGGAACGGUGGCCUUAACCUGUGUAUUUUGGGUUAUGUUUGGGCAGUCCAAGCCCUUUACCUCUCUCUCUCUCUCUCUCUCUCUCACUCUCACACACACACACACACACACACACACACACACACACACAGAGUCCUUCAGUUGUCCCUCUCUUGCAACUGAGCUACUGACACACAGUGAAAGAUUUGAUAGCUGAAGCUGUGACGACAGGACAGGACGUUCACUGCUCUCCUCACCGGGUGCUUGCAACAAUUCUGGAAAGCCGUUCUCUGGAGGCACAAAACUACGUAGUAAAAAAAAACAAAACGGCAGGAACAUUUUGGAUGAGUGCAAUGUGGAUUUACCACAGUGUGUCCUUAUGCAAACUGGUACUGCACAGGGGACACAAGAACAAGACUCAUAAUUCUUAAGUGCUUCUUCAGCCAUUAACCACCGCUCUGCCUUGUAUUGUUGUUGUUGCUCUCUAUCUGCCCCGCUAGUGAUAGAGAAGUAGAAGUGCAUUUACAAAUCGUAAUGUGAGCAGUUCCUAUUUUGCACAAAGUGUAUUUAUCUUUAUAAAUAAAGCUUUAAGCUUAAAAUAAAUACAAAUUGAAAAUGCUUUCAUUAAGUCGGUCUUAAAUUGCAGUCCAGGACUCGGUGUCUUCUGUUGCAACAUCUGUAAGAAAUGGACCUCGGUAGAUUGUCAGUAUGGAAUGCAACAGAUUCACUUUGUACACAAUCAUUUUUCAUUCAUUUAAUAAAUGUUUGUAGUACGUGCCUACCCAAAAAAAUGCAGAACAAUGAAUCGUUUCAGUGAAACUGGGAGACCACGAGAAAGCAGGUACCAAAAACAAGAAUAAAAGGCUUCAUAGAGAUUACACCUGCGAUGGGCAACGUCAGACCUCAACAGCCACUUCAAUAGAUUACCACCUUCACCAGCUAUACAGUAUAACGCGCUUUGUUUGGAUUUUCAUAGUAGCACAAUUUGACCAUGCUUUUGUUUUGGUAUUCAUUAAUUAAACAAAUAUAGGAGCUUCCUGUAUUACAUUAACGCUGAUUUCAGUCAAUUGGCUUGUUCAUUUUUUAUUUAUUUUUACAAAUGUGUGGCCCUAUCCCAAUCAAUCUGAGAGGAAAUGCUCCUAAUAGCCUAAGAUAUUUGUUUAGUGUGUGUGUGUGUAUAUUCAUCCCUUACUCAACUUCAUAUGAAGGUAAUCAUCCCAUAAUGUAGCCAACAAAAUGUCAUUAACAGCUGUGGCCUGUUGACUGGAAAAAUAAAGUUUUGAUUAAAAAAAUGAACUAUAACAGAAAAGCAGAGUUAUAAAACAGUCUGAUAGUUGUCUUUGGUUAUGCUUAAUAUCUGAAUAUUUAUGAACAGGAGUUUACAUCAUCAUUUAAUGAUGGACAGACUGUACAAGUUAACAGGCAAUAUUUAUAAUACUGCACUGCGGAUUGAAAACAAAGACCACAUAGUUCUAGUACAUGUAUCUUCUGUUUUGAAUCUAACCGUUUAAUCCAAAUCUUACAGGAGCUUUAAUAAACUAGAUGUUGAUUGUUGAUGAAUGUGCGAUGGACAAUGCCACUGAUUACAUUAUGAGUAUACAACUUUUACAAAUUGAGUGAAAUUUUAGUUUUCCCAUCCUCCUGAAACUAACUGGAAUAUGGUCAUGCUACAUGCCAUUGUAUCAUGCAAAUGUCAGAUUUCUUUGGAGCACUCUCAAAAGUCCACACAUUGUAAUGUCUGCAAAGCACAAAUGUUUUGGUCUCACAGAUUUCUCUAUCUACCCUAAAACAAUCUAACGGAAGAUGUCUCUCCAAGCUUCUAGCACAAGUUAAAUUGUAACGUAAACUUUCUGUAUUUACAUUAAGAUGAUUGAAUCUAACCCACGAAUGCCUGAACACAUUCUUAAGUGCUUUAUAUGUUAAUGCUUUUUUGUGACCUAGAAAGUGAUAUUGUGUGAUUGUGGUACACGUAGUACCAAGACGAGCUAUUUUUUCAUAUCUGCUGAAUCCUUUAAAAUAAAUAUUGGAACUGUAAAAAAAAUUCAGAACCACUUUAUAUUUGAAAAUGUGUAAAAUAUUCUGUAACAUGUUUGUGAACCAAAUAGUUGCUUUCAUAAUUUUUAUGAAAUCAUUAGCUUUAUUGCUACGGACAGAUGUUUUUUUCUCAUUAUGGGUAUUAUUUUUAAGAUUGUUCUUCUUCUGAACGACUUAAGUUGUGUGAAGGGUACGUUUGACUAACAAUACAGUAGAUAACGUGUUCUCUUGUUGUUACUAAAGGCACGUUUUCUUUCUUCACCGGUGUCUGUAAGGUGGUUUUGCACAUGUUCUGAUUACAAGCCAUUUAUCACAACAACCAAGCUGGAUGUAUUUUCAAUAAACAUGCCCUUUUAAAUUCAA